AUGUCCCCUAUCAAUGAUGAUCGCUCCCGUUAUUUACUAUCCCCAGCGAUUCAUCACACUUCAUCGCAUGGCAGUAUUGCCAAUAGAUCUGGCAUGCUCGACAAUGAAGAGUUGCACGAUCGCAGUCACCAGAGCUUGCCUUUACCCAUUCGAAGAGAAAGCAUCUCUCCGUUUUUGAAGUUCACUGAUCAGGAGAUACCUUCUGUCAGUGAGCUAAGAUUUCCCCCACCUCCAGCAAUAACUUCUCAAAAUACUUCAAAGUUUGUAGAAUCCGUAGAUCUACGUGAUAGAUUGCACCACAGUGAAGAUUCCAUUGCCAGCCCCUCUGUGGCUUUGUCCAAUAAUAGUUCAAGCAAAAAGCAGAAACAACCUGGCUUUAUCCGGAGUAGUCGCUCGAAAUCCAUUUUUGAGCAGUUUGAGUUAUUAAGCAAUACAAAUGUUCAGAAAUCUCUCAAUCCUGGAGGAGAAAAUUUAGUGACUACAAAGACUCGGCCCUCAAUCUCAGGCAUUGAUAUGAAUUUCCUGGCAAAACAGCCUUCAAGAACCUCUAUCAAAUCCACAGCUGGAACUUCUUUUCAACAAGAAACGAAAGAGAAGCAGAAUUCUAGCAAUGAUAGUGAUGUUGGUUGUCAUGCAUCCAAUUCGUCGAAGGAAACAAAGGAGGAUGUUUGUUUUCCCAUGGCCGUAGAGAAUGUAAGGGUUCAAGGAAUUAACUUCAUGGAGUUGGAAACUUUUAUUCAAGAAGAGGGAUUGGAGAAAAAAUCUUUGAUGAAGCGAGAAGAAGCGUUUGAAAACUUCGAUUCUGGCAUAGCUAAAGGUUUCAGCUUUGGCAACAGCAAGCCAAGCUCUGCAACCUUAAAGUAUGUACCAAAGGACAUUACUCAAAACACAACUGCAGACAAUCUGGUGCCUUGUUUCCAGUCUCAGGGCCUUGGUGAUGUCUAUCUUCGAGAGAAAUCUAAUGAUUCUUCUCACAAAGAAGAAAGUUCCAAUGAGGAUGAUGACAAUAAUGGUGUGACCUUUCAAAGCCAGAAAAGAAACACUGAGGCAGCUUCCGUAUUGCCUGACAGGUAUAGUUUUUAUUCGUCUGACAAUAAUGAAACUGUUCAUGCUCCAGAUAUAUCUUCACUAGUCAAUGAAGGUCAGAAGAUUGAAGACCUUUUCGGUACUGAAGCCACUUGGUGGCUUGAUUGCAUUUGUCCAACAGACAAUGAGAUGAAAGUUUUAGCCAAAGCCUUUGGAAUCCACCCUUUAACUGCCGAAGAUAUUCGUAUGCAAGAACGACGUGAGAAAGUAGAACUUUUCAAGAAUUAUUACUUUGUCUGUUUCCACUCUUUUGAAACAGACCCCGAGAGUGAGGACUUACUGGAGCCGAUUAAUGUUUAUAUGAUUGUUUUCCGUGGAGGAAUUUUAUCGUUCCAUUUUGCUCCUAUCAAUCACCCCGCAAAUGUCAGGAGACGGGUAAGACAACUAAGAGAUUAUGUCAGUCUGUCUGCUGAUUGGUUAUGUUACGCAAUGAUUGAUGAUAUUACUGAUGGAUUUGCUCCAGUAAUUCAAGCCACGGAGCGUGAAGCAGAUGCAUUUGAAGAGUCCGUAUUCGUCGCAAGAGAUCAGGAAUUUGGUAUCAUGUUACAGCGUAUAGGUGAAUCGAGAAGGAAAGUGAUGACUUUAAUGCGACUGCUUUCAGGCAAAACAGAAGUGAUCAAAAUUCUUGCAAAAAGAUGCAAAGACGGGGCAAACGGCACUUGGACCUCCAACGUGUCGUUACAGCAGAAUAUUGCACCUAGAGCAGAUAUUGCGUUAUAUUUGAGUGACAUCUCGGAUCAUAUUAUUACCAUGUUUCAAAGUUUAUUGAGCUAUGAAAAGAUUUUUAGUCGAAGUUAUUCCAACUACCUUGCGCAACUGCAAGUCGAAUCUUUUUACUCCAAUCUCAAAAUUACCGAGAUUCUUUCUAAAAUUACGUUGCUGGGAACCAUAUUUUUUCCUAUGAGCAUGAUUACAGGCUUGUUUGGUAUGAAUGCUACAGUUCCUGGCCAAGAUGCUGGGUCUUUGACUUGGUGGUUUGGAAUUUUGGGAUGUAUUCUAGCAGUAGUUUUUGCAUUUGGUUUUUUGGGAACCUACUGGAUGAAUCGUUCACUAGGGCCCAAUAAGAUGCUGACUCCUGUUUGUGGUGAAAGAUGA